AUGGGGCAGAUGCAGCGGGCGUUCCAGCUGGGGGCGGAUGUCCCGACGUACGCGUUCCAGCUCAAGGUUGACCAGUGGCUCGACCAGGUCGAGCGGAAGGCGCGGGAGCACCUCUACCACGCCUGCGCGUCCCCGGGGUGCCCCAUGGAUAACUGGGUGCUCAAGGCGGACUUCGAGCAGGCGCGGACGGAGUCUGGCACGUGCACCUGGAUAUGCAACGCGGGCCACCAGAACACCGUGCUGCCAUCGCGGGAGGACAUCGACCAGAUGAACAAAAACAUCCUGCUGCACCCGGAAUUCUACACCGACCAGUGCGGCGUGGACUCCCUGAAGCUGCGGCGCUUCCGCCUCUGCCCGAUGUGCGUCCCAGAG